GGCCCGCCCCUCCGGGCACGGGCUUCCUCGGGGCGGCCCCGCGAACGGGAGAGCCGGGGAGGGGGCACGGCCGUACCUGUAGGCCGCGAGUUCGCCGGACGGGCAGGAGAGGGGCCGGGGCUCGGCGCUGGGUGCCCGGCGCUGGGAACGGAGCCCGGAGCUGAGUUACAAUCAUAGGAGGGUGGGACGGGACACGUGAGGAUCGAGUCCCACUGGAAACAUGAAGAAAUUAAAGCUCAAAGAACUGGAAAGCUGCCUGCAGCAGGUUGAUACCUUUGAAAGUCCAAAAGUGCUCCUUGAGCAGUACCCGACGAGACCCCACAUCGCAGCAUGUAUGCUGUACACAAUUCACAAUACUUUUGAUGAUAUUGAAAACAAAACAGUUGCAGACUUAGGAUGUGGCUGUGGCAUGCUGAGCAUUGGAAGUGCAAUGUUGGGAGCAGGGUUGUGUGUGGGGUUUGACAUAGAUGCAGAAGCAUUGGAAAUAUUCAACAGCAACCUGGAAGACUUUGAGCUCACAAAUGUCGAUGUGGUUCAGUGUGAUGUCUCCUCUUUACCAGACAGCAUGUCAGAGACUUUUGACACGGUUAUCAUGAACCCUCCUUUUGGUACCAAACAUAAUAAAGGGAUGGAUAUGAUCUUUCUGAAAACCGCUUUACAAAUGGCAAAAACAGCUGUCUAUUCCCUUCACAAGACUUCAACACGGCAGCAUGUUCAAAAGAAAGCAGAUGAAUGGGAAGUGAAGAUGGAAGUCAUAGCAGAACUUAGAUAUGACCUACCAGCAUCAUACAAGUUCCAUAAGAAGAAAUCAGUAAGUAUAAAACCUAAGAUAACUGAAAAGAAGGUGGGUUGUAUUAGGGCAACUGAAUUCCACUGCAAGAACCUAAGUUCUAGGGUCAUAUCUACUGGAUGAUUCAUAGCAUUUGAGAAGAGUUUCUUAUGACAGAAUUAAGUUCCAUUGCCAUUAAUACUAAGCAGUUGAACAGAGGGGCCAGUAAUGAGCAGUUUUCAGUUCUGAAUUUAUUGGUAGCUACUAUGUAAUAUCACUUUGAGGUUAUGAAGUCAGGAACCUUUUACAUUUGAAUGAGAUACCAGAGAAUUUGACUGCAUUGACAGUAUAAACAAAACUAUACAUACAAAAGAGUUUUCCAGAGUGGCAUCUUAAGAAUAAGCAUGCUGCUUUAACAACAAAAAGUUGUAACCCAAUGAAAUGAAGGUCUCUUCUCAUUACAGGUUGACAUUGAAGUGGAUUUCAUUAGAUUUUCUACCAGAAACUCCUGAACUGAAGCAUGUCUUUAAAACCUAUUUAAAAUGAACUAAUAAAAACAAUGGUAUUUUUACUUUA